AUGGGUCGAAAGUCCACAUCGUUACCCACGGCGAGGCUUAGUGGUAUCGGGGAAGAUAAAGUAGAACACUCGCAAUGCACUCUUUGGCGCAAACUAAUAAAAAGAAAAAGUCUUUUUUGGCUUGGAAAUAUGAAACGCCUACGACGUUGUCGCCAUGGUGACCUGGCCAUCGAACGUGGACGUCGCGAGGCAGCGACAAACGUGAUCUGCCUCCACGUCACACCAGGAUGUGCCGAUCACCUCCGACGAAUUAACGAAACUCACGGUGGAGCUUCGAUGGGCUCAACCGAUGGGGAUCGCACCAGCAGGAGGAGGGGCGCGACUCACGUUGGUGACACAUCCUCGCGUCUGGGGCUCGCGGACGCGAUGGAGACCCACUCCACCGAACCGCUGGAGUUAUGA